GGUGCGGUUACGGGUCGAGGCAUUUCUGAGAUCACAAGGUGGGGGUCUGCGUACUGCUUGGCCCAAUCUCACCGCGUCACGCGUCGCGUCAUCCGCGACUGCCUAGCAUACAACGUCUAGUUCCGUUGCCCAAAACAUAUUCGCACCAACGUCCGAGAUCCUUGGACAGGUGAGCCCGAUAUGGAGUCCGGUCACACUACUACGCUGCACGGACAGACCAGCCCUCCGCCAGACGAGAGUGAGGAAGAAGACAACAUCGACCCCAAGGAUGAACUCAGCCCCUUCGACUGGCAAGCACUUAACUCAGAGUAUCUCGAGACCAUGGCUCAGUGCAAGACAAACGAGGACAAACACCUUGAAGAAUUCGCAUCUCUUUCACGAUUCUUUGGAGUCUGGGCUGAGACCAUCUCCGGACACGAACAGGAAAGAAGCCACGCGCGUCUCAGGACACAAAGUACCCUGGCCAAGUAUCACGAGGGCGAGCUCGAAAAGCGCAGAAAGCAUUACGUGAAUGUCGUCGAGGCAUUUCGGAAUGCUCUUCACAUGCUUGGUAAUUAAGUUUUUCCAACAUACAAGGUUUACUUCGGAAAGCUUUCA